AUUGCACAGCAUUUUUGCUAUUAUUAGUGUGGACAGAAACAUUAUUUGACAUUGGAAAAUGUAUAAUGUAAAAAAGCUUGAAGCACAUUCAUCAUAAACCAAUAAUGCUUUAAUAUGUUUAGCUGAUGGUUAUGGAUACCUGAAGUUUUCUGCCGGGCAUCUGCCAGGUAACAACAAAUCCAAGUAAAUCGCAAAAAAUGUAUUGCACUCUGACUCUGACCAAUUUCUCAUUCCAAAAGGAUUUCAUUAAUGCAGACCAAAAGGAGAUUCUUGAGCAAGUCGCAGAGAAGAUCAAAUUGCAUUUGGUUGACGCCAUUCCCGCGCAACUCAUAAGUUCGAGUUUUUUGACAAAGAAUUCCUCAAAUCCAGAUUUGCAUGCUACACAAGAACCAGUAGCUGUUGUGGAAGAACCAAUAACUGAAGAGCCAGUUAAAAGAAAAGCCAGCGAGAUACAUAUAGGAUAUCUGAAGUCUGAAGAUGCAGAACCUAAGACUGAGGAGGAUGACAAGGCCUUGAAAGAAGACAAAGAACUUAUACAACUUGUUGAAAGCAUAAUAUCGGAUGAAAAGAAACAAGCAUGUGAGAACGAACCAAAUGGAACCAAACAUAUGAAUGAGGAGCUUGCACCUAUUUCCAAAAACCUGACGAAAGUAGCUGAUGAAGCAGUUGGUACCAUUGAGGUCUUGUCUCAUGUUGAGGAACCAGUCGUUGGAGCUGAAGAGCCAUUGCUAGUUGCUGAAGAAAUUGCAGAUAUUGUUGAGGAAAUCCUGCAGAUCACUCAGGAACAAGAAAGCCUUGAUGCAGAAGAGUCAGAAGAACUUCAAAGGAACAAGUUCAAGGAGACAUCAUUAACAACAUCAGAGGAACCAUUAACAUCAUCUGUGAAACCAGCGCUGAUUGCCAAAGAAGAAGCAGCUAAUGGAUUGGUGGCUGUAGAUGAGGAAAGCUGGGAGAUCAUUGAGGAGCCAGUGAACAUCUCUGGGCGUUUAGAAGAACCUGCGCUCACUAAAAGUAAAUGUGAUUCAGUAGAUUCUUCUCAAUUGCUUUCCCAGCUGAGGUCCGUGUGCACUAAGGUUUUAGAAGAUGCUUCAUAUAAGGCGUUCAGUGUCGAUGUAUGUGCUGAUGAAAGCACUGUUCACAUCACGAUUGAGCUUUGCCCGGAUGAGCUCACAUGUCUGAAUAAGGUCAGUUACAAUACCGACGAGAAAGCCACAGCAUGGACGAACUCACCGCAUGCCAUUCAAUCAAGAUGCAAAUGUACUAGCUCCUUUCCUCAAGAUGCUUGUCAUCAAUUAACAAAAAAUUAACAUCAACGAUCAGAUUUGUUCCUGAAGAUGACAUCGAAACGUACUACAAUCAAAACCCAUAAAUGUGUUGUCUCUAUUUACUGUACA